UGCAGUGCGUUCUGUGUGGCACAUACAUUGGAUUUAUCUAAUAUGCAUCAAACUGUGUGCGUAGGAGGCUUGACAGAAAUGGUAGCAGAAUGAUUACGUUUUACACAUCCAGAUGAUGUUACGUCCCAUUUUGCGCAAUGACACCGUCGGUGUGAUCAAGGCGUGAGAUUGAGAUUGAUUCUGUGACGCUUGCCAAACAGAGCGCCCUCAAAGUUAGGAGAAGCAAGACACCUAGAAACCUUUUUAGGCGUGCUUACUGGUGAUAUUACUGCUCCUACUUGAUCAGAAGUGGAUUCAAGUUGAGGCUGACCAUACAACUGUGUAAUGCUUUUUGGGGAGAAAAAGUAACCUGAUGGAGUUUAUGGACGAUGCAAUCGUUUGUUCUCCUCGCUUCUCUGUGUGGAUGCGUCCUUUGCUCAGGCAUCACAAUUAGUGUGUGUGCAUGCGUUUCAGUCUGGCCUUAUCAGAUGCAGUGUUACCACUGUGAAGAGACUCUGUUGGACAAUGACUGUUCAGCUCCAAAGUUCAUUGUCAACUGCACAGCAAACAUCCAGAAUGCCUGUCAGAAGGAGGUGAUUGUGGGUGAAAAUGGUGUGAUUUACAGGAAGGCCUGUGCCUCCUUCUCCACCUGUCUGAUUGUUUCAGCAGGGUAUCAGUCUUUCUGUGUCCCAGGUCGGGUGGGCUCUGUCUGCAUUAGCUGCUGUAACACCCCCCUCUGCAACGGACCCCGCCCCCCAAGGAUCUCCCUGGCCCCCAGCCAUCCCCCCACCAGACCCACUGCGCUCCUCCUCAUCAUCACUGUUUCCAUGGCAACACUGCCCUGAUAUGGACACUGGUAUUGGCUAGAUUGGACUGAAUGUUCUCAGGUGUGGAGGUGCCUGGUGUUGGAGCAAACACUGUCCUGAGAGAUGACUGGACAGGGAUUCUGAAAUCAAAGCAACAGAGCUGUCCGACACAUACCGGUCCGUUGACGGGGGUGAGAAAUUUAGGAAGUAUAUUAAAUCUGACCCAAAAGUUCAUAAAAAUAUGUUGCAUCCAUAGUAAAUUACACUUUAAUCAUUAGUGCAGACUGCACCAAAUCAAAGUGUUUAUAUCCCAGAGAUGACAGGGUACAUUCAGUACUAUACACAAUGUUUACAGUUAGGAUGACACACUUGUGUACAAAGAAAAUUAGGAACACUUUCCAAUAUUAAGUUACACUCCCUUUUGCCCUCAGAACAGCCUCAAUUCAUCAGGGCAUGGACUCUACAAGGUGUCAAAAGCGUUCCACAGGGAUACACUAUCCAUGUCUCAAAGCUUAAUGUCUCCUCCCCUUUAUCUACACUGAUUGAAGUGGAUUUAACAGAUGACAUCAGUAAAGGUUCAUAGCUUUCACCUGGUCAGUCUCAUGGAAAGAGCAGUUGUUCCUAAUGGUUUUGUACACUGUCAGAUAGAAGUGACUAAACCCUGUUAAAAAUCCCCAUAGGGAUGGAUGUGUGCAACUUUGCAACCAUUAUUAAAACAUGAGCAUAAGUGUCAUUGACUUAAUCAAACUUUAUUUUAACAAAUUUAAAUUACAUUAAAUGUAGCAGAAUUACAAAAGUAAUUCCCAUAAAAGCAAAACAAAUUUCACAGUAUAAGAUAUGCAGUUAUUUCAUUUUUUAAACCGUAAAAUCCUCAGUUGAAAAGCAACAACAGGUGAUUAGUUUGGUAAACUUGUAUUGUUAUUGGCACUUCUAAGAAAAUAAAGCCUUGAGCUGCAUAGCAGAGGAUGUUUGACUGCCAGAUUAUCUGUUCAAUGUCAUUCAAUUAAAAAGGUUCAAAUUUAAAAAAA